AUGCCUCCAACAACGUCCACCGCGUCGUUGUCGGUACCACAGAUGCUCAUUGAGCGACUUCUGGCUGUCCGCAACAUACCCAUUCAGCGACAGGUGCUCAUCCGUGAGGAGGAUAUCAAGGUGGUCUUGGGGCUUGUGCGGGAGAUUUUUAUGGCGCAGCCGAUGCUGCUAGAGAUUCGCCCACCGGUGCGCGUGUGUGGUGACACACACGGCCAGUACUACGAUCUCCUCCGCAUUUAUGAGAAGUGUGGCUUCCCUCCGUACUCGAACUACCUGUUCCUUGGCGACUACGUGGACCGCGGCCACCAUAGUGUAGAAACGAUCAUGCUGCAGUUCUGCUACAAGAUCAUCUACCCCGAGAACUUCUUUCUCCUGCGCGGCAACCACGAGUGCGCCAGUAUUAAUCGCAUCUACGGCUUCUUCGAUGAUGUGAAGCGCCGGUACAACAUCAAGCUCUUUAAAGCCUUUACGGAUGUAUUCAACACGAUGCCUGUGUGCUGCGUGAUUAGCGAAAAGAUAAUCUGUAUGCACGGCGGUCUUAGUCCGGACCUCACGAGUCUUAGCUCGGUUAAUGAGAUUAUGCGUCCAUGUGAUGUCCCCGAUCGCGGUAUCCUGUGCGACAUCUUGUGGGCUGACCCAGAAAGCGAAGUUCGAGGUUUCUUAGAGAGCGACCGCGGCGUGAGCUACCUGUUCGGCGAGGACAUCGUGAACGACUUCCUGGACAUGGUAGACAUGGAUUUGAUUGUGCGGGCGCAUCAGGUAGUUCAACGCGGAUAUGAGUUUUUCGCGAGCCGCCAGCUGGUGACGGUGUUCUCUGCACCGAACUACUGCGGCGAGUUCGACAACGACGCUGCCGUGAUGACGAUCGACGACAAGCUGCAGUGCUCCUUCCUGAUUAUUCCCGCCAUGAAGUAG